UUACUGACAUCUUCCUUCUUCCAAAACUGUUGGGGUGAAGGUCUUUGCCAGAGGCUGAUCUCAUCUCAUUCUGCUGCAGCUUGUCUGAUCGGAGUUGAUAUGACUAAUGAAGAAAUCCUCACAAAUACUUGUGAAAAUCCCUCAAAAGCCAGUGAUGUCCCUCAGAUUCCAGUCACUCAGGAGAAGAGAGAACCUCCACCAAAAGCUGAAGACCAUGAAUUCAGUAAGCAAGACAGGACGGAUUUCUGCUGGGAGCCCAUCCUACAGAAUUGUUUUGGGAGCACAAGUGUAAUUUUCUCUGGCUCUAAGCAAACUCUGAAUGGCUACAACAUCACUGCACUUGCGAGGUCGUCACUGGUCGGUCUGGUUCAGACAGUAAAAGAUCACAUAACAAAGCCGACAGCUAUGGCACGUGGGCGAGUGGCUCAUCUAAUUGAAUGGAAGGGUUGGGGUGCACAUGGUGGAGGAUGUAAUCCAUGCCCGAUGGAUGAAGCCCAUUACUCCAGUCUCACUGACGAGCUGAAAGAGGCUCGUUUUGCAGCAGGCGUUGCUGAACAAUUUGCCAUUACUGAAGCAACACUGAGUGCGUGGUCCUCUCUGGAUGCAGAAGAGGUGGUUGGUGUCAGUAGUCUAAGCAACACAGUUGACUACCUCAAUACAGACGAAGUGUAUCUUGAAGAUCAGUCUCUCGGUGGAUCGCAAGUCUUUUACUCAUUGGAUGUCGAAGGUCCCUGCACUGUCGUAACUCCCGUCUCGUCCUAUGUAGCCAGCUUAUGUGGUGAACCAGUACAAAUAGACACUAUACAGCCUUCCCACAAUGGAUCUCUCACAGAAACCUUCCUGACUCGUGACCCUCCUAACUGCUUGUCUCUUCCAGAAACUACUUUCUGUGGAGCUGAAUUACACAGAACACUGCAGCAGAGCACUGGCAGUCACCCACAUCAUUCACACUCCAGCAACAGCAGCUCCCUCAUGGAAGAUGAUGUAUUUUAUAAUUAGAACAAGAAAUUAAGAACAGAAACUGUACUCUUGGACAAGGGAAUUUACCACUUCCUUUGCUAAAACCUGAAAUUAAAGCUGAAUUGUCAUUCCAUUUUAACUUUGUGUGUGUGUGUGUGUGUAUGUGUGUGUGUGUGUAUGUAUGUUCAUUGGGAUAUGGGAUGCUGGUGAAUGGGAUCUGACUGUAGCCCACAUUGUCCCCAGAGUUCAGCAGGACAGAGGGAGGAGGUGGAGGAGGGGGUUUGGGAAUCAGCGAUGGUUUCUACUUUUCAUCCCAACCAGUGAAUGUCGCUGGAUGUUGGGUUAGGAACAAAUUGAGCUUCACAGUUAAACAGGCUACAGACACACAGGCCUUAAAAGCCAAUGGGGGUUCGACUAGUCUCCCACCGUAUCUCCUGCAGGAAAUUGGUACAGCUUGCAGGGAAAUGGUGUUCAUGUCUAGACUUACACAUAAGAAAUGAUCAGUUGGGCAAGAUGGGUACUCCUGCAAAAAUCGACAUCCCUGGGAGAGGUGAGGAGAAGAUUAGAAGGGAAAAGUCAGGUAUGUCUUGGCUACAACUGAGACCCCCCCUAGUCCAGUAUAACUUUGCUGUAAUACAGAACUCCUCCUUUUAGAUGACAAGAAUUUGCCUUAAAAAUAGAUAUGCUCUUGACACUAACCACGUCUAACUUUUGGCACAGCCUACUCGUUGCCCACUGAAUAGAGGGAGACAGUAGCAUAGUGGUAAUGUCACCAGACUGCUAAUCCUGAGGCCCAGGUUAAUGUUCUGGGGUCAUGUGUUCAAUUUGCACCACAGCAGCUGGUGGAAUUUAAACUCAAUUUAUAAAACAUCUGGAAUUGAAAGCCAGUCUCAGUAAUGGUGAUUAUGAAACUGUCAGUGAUUGCCGUAAAAACCUACCUGGUUCACUAAUGUCCUUUCGGGAAGGAAAUCUGCCAUCCUUAUUUGGUCUGGCCUACCUGUGACUCCAGACCCACAGCAUUGUGGUUAACUCUUAACUGCCCUCUGAAAUGGCCUAGCAAGUCACUCAGUUUAUGGGCGAUUAAGAAUGGGGAACAAAUGCUGGCCUUGCCAGAGACGCCCACAUCCCAUUAAAGAUUACAUUUCUUAAAAAUUGUUUCUAUCAUUUCUUUAGAUCUUUAACCCAUAACCCCAAUUAGCGCAAUGUUAGUUGUCCCUCAGCCAUGCAAUAUACAAAGCAUUGUCGAGUGUAAGUACACCAGGGUACGUGGUAAAUGUCUGAUGAGUGGUUGUGAUUUACUAUUCUGUCUGUGUUGUGAAUUGUGCUUGGAAUUCAAUCACACAAGUAAAAAAAAAUUAAACAUCA